AUGAAUGACUGUUUCAGUAUGAGGAUCGCCGCGUGUCGUUUCUUGCGAAGUUCCACCCAACUUCUCGACAACUUAAGAAUGGCUUCUACUAAGGUAUUAAUUCGAGAUAACAUUAACCCUCAAGUGGUCACCAUGCAAUAUGCUGUUCGUGGACCGAUUGUAAUCAGAGCAGUUGAACUCGAAAAGGAGUUGGAACAGGGAGCUAAAAAACCAUUCAAAAAUGUGAUCAAGGCCAACAUUGGUGACGCGCAUGCAAUGGGCCAGUCUCCGAUUACUUUCAAUAGACAGUUGGUAGCUUGCCUUGCAAAUCCGUCAUUGAUGGAGACAGCAAACUUUCCUUCUGAUGUGAUUGAGCAUGCUAAGGCUAUCCUUUGCGGUUGCGGAGGUAACAGCUGCGGCGCUUACAGCCAGAGCACAGGAAUUGACAUUAUCCGAAAGCAUGUAGCCGAAUUUAUCUCGAAACGUGACGGUGUCCCGUGUGACUAUGAAAAUGUGAUUCUCUCCGGUGGCGCUUCUGAAGCUAUUCGUAACGUUCUCAAAAUGUUUAUCCGACGUGGGGCGCAGAAACAAACCGGAAUAAUGAUCCCCAUACCGCAAUAUCCCCUCUAUUCUGCAACGGUCGAGGAGUUUGGCCUCGGGCAGGUAGGGUACUUUUUGCACGAAGAGACGAACUGGAGCCUGGAGGAGAGCGAGUUGGAACGAUCUUAUCAAGAAAGCCUCAAGAAGUAUGAUACUCGUGUUUUAUGCGUUAUUAACCCUGGAAACCCUACCGGACAGGCAAGCAGAUGCGCAGCUAAUAUAUUGAACAUUGUGCAGGUGCUAUCACGUGAAAAUAUUGAAACUAUCAUCAAGUUUGCUCACCGACAUAACCUUUUCCUUAUGGCUGACGAAGUGUAUCAGGAUAACGUUUACGCACCAGGAUCGAAAUUCUAUUCGUUCAAGAAAGUUAUCAACGAAAUGGGUGCACCGUACAACAAGAUGGAAUUGGCAUCGUUCCACUCGGUAUCAAAGGGUUAUAUGGGUGAAUGCGGAAUGCGAGGCGGUUACGUAGAGUUUUUCAAUCUAGAUCCUGAAGUGUACGUGCUAUUCAAAAAGAUGAUAUCCGCGAAGUUGUGUUCAGCUAUUCUUGGGCAAGUCAUGAUGGAUGCCCUAGUUAAUCCACCAAAACCAGGAGAGCCAUCAUAUGAUUUAUGGUUGAAGGAAAAAACCGCAGUUCUCAAUUCACUCAAGGAAAGAGCUACUUUGGUGAAACAGGCUUACGGAAGCAUUGACGGAAUUCUUUGCAAUGAGGUCCAGGGAGCAAUGUAUGCGUUCCCACAACUAUUGUUACCUCCACGUGCGAUAGAAAAGGCUAGGGUAAUCUCUGAACAUGGAACCCGAUUUCUUCUAUGCAUGCAGUUGUUAGAGGCGACUGGUGUUUGCAUCGUGCCAGGUAGUGGUUUCGGCCAGAAGGAAGGAACAUAUCACUUCCGAACGACAAUUCUUCCACAGACGGCUUUAAUGAAAGAAAUGUUGGAUCGAUUUAAGUCCUUCCAUACGAAGUUCAUGGAAGAGUACAAGUAG